AAGUGUUGGAAAUGUUUGAUCAUGCAUAUAGCAAUUAUAUGGAACAUGCCUAUCCAGCUGAUGAACUCAUGCCUUUAACUUGUCGUGGACGAGUACGGGGUCAGGAACCGAGCCGAGGGGAUGUAGAYGAUGCCUUGGGAAAGUUUUCCCUGACCUUGAUUGAUACCUUGGACACUCUUGUGGUGUUAAAUAGAACCAAAGAGUUUGAAGAGGCUGUAAAAAAAGUAAUAAAAGAUGUUAAUUUAGAUAAUGACAUAGUCGUAUCAGUCUUUGAAACCAACAUAAGAGUCCUUGGAGGUCUCUUAGGUGGGCAUUCAGUGGCAAUUAUGCUGAAAGAGAAAGGUGAAUUUAUGCAGUGGUACAGCGGCGAGCUCCUGCACAUGGCCAAGGAACUAGGCUACAARCUUUUGCCUGCCUUCAAUACCACUAGUGGUCUCCCUUAUCCAAGAGUAAACUUGAAAUUUGGUGUAAGGCAUCCAGAAGCACGAACAGGAACGGAAACAGAUACCUGCACAGCUUGUGCAGGUACCUUGAUCCUUGAGUUUGCAGCUUUAAGCCGAUUCACUGGAACAUCUAUAUUCGAGGAAUAUGCACGGAAAGCACUUGAUUUUAUUUGGGAAAAGAGACAACGCAGUAGCAAUUUAGUGGGUGUUACUAUUAAUAUUCACACUGGAGACUGGGUCCGCAAAGAUAGUGGAGUUGGAGCAGGAAUAGAUUCAUAUUAUGAAUAUUUAUUAAAAGCCUAUGUCUUGCUGGGAGAUGACAGCUUCCUGGAAAGAUUUAACACGCACUACGAUGCCAUAAUGAGAUACAUUAGCCAGCCACCUCUUCUACUUGAUGUUCAUAUUCACAAACCAAUGCUAAAUGCUCGGACCUGGAUGGAUUCUUUGCUAGCUUUCUUCCCGGGGUUGCAGGUGUUGAAGGGUGAUAUUCGACCUGCUAUAGAAACUCAUGAGAUGCUGUAUCAGGUUAUAAAAAAGCAUAACUUUCUUCCUGAGGCAUUCACAACAGAUUUUAGAGUUCACUGGGCUCAGCAUCCUUUAAGGCCUGAAUUUGCAGAAAGCACUUAUUUCUUGUAUAAAGCUACUGGGGAUCCUUACUAUCUAGAAGUAGGAAAAACACUCAUUGAAAACUUGAACAAGUAUGCAAGGGUACCUUGUGGGUUUGCUGCAAUGAAGGAUGUCCGUACUGGAAGCCAUGAAGAUAGAAUGGAUUCUUUCUUUCUUGCUGAGAUGUUCAAGUAUCUUUAUCUGCUCUUUGCUGAUAARGAAGACAUGAUUUUUGACAUAGAAGACUAUAUCUUCACUACAGAAGCUCAUCUAUUACCACUUUGGCUAUCCACUACAAACCAAACAAUAUCUAAAAAAAAUACAACUACAGAAUAUACAGAGCUGGAUGACAGCAACUUUGACUGGACUUGCCCGAACACCCAGAUUCUUUUCCCGAAUGACCCCAUGUUUGCCCAGAGUAUUCGUGAACCUUUGAAAAAUGUGGUGGAUAAAAGUUGUCCUCGGGGUAUUUCCAGAGCAGAAGAGAGUUUGGGAAGCGGACCAAAACCGCCACUGAGAGCCAGAGAUUUCAUGGCCAGUAAUCCUGAGCAUUUGGAGAUAUUGAAGAAGAUGGGAGUCAGCUUGAUUCAUCUCAAAGAUGGGAGAGUGCAAUUAGUGCAACAUGCAGUACAAGCAGCAAGUUCACUUGAUGCUGAAGAUGGUUUGCGGUUCAUGCAAGAAAUGAUUGAACUCUCCAGUCAGCAGCAGAAGGAGCAGCAGCUCCCUCCUCGCGCUGUUCAAAUCGUUUCCCAUCCGUUCUUCGGCAGGGUGGUCUUGACUGCUGGGCCAGCACAGUUUGGAAUGGACUUGUCCAAACACCAAGCUGGGACAAGAGGAUUUGUUGCAACCAUUAAGCCAUAUAACGGGUGCUCGGAGAUCACUAAUCCUGAAGCAGUGAAAGAGAAAAUCGCUCUGAUGCAGAGAGGCCAGUGCAUGUUUGCUGAAAAGGCACGAAACAUUCAAAAAGCAGGAGCAAUAGGAGGCAUUGUUAUCGAUGACAACGAGGGAAGCAGUAGUGACACUGCUCCUCUCUUCCAAAUGGCCGGUGACGGAAAGAAUACAGAUGAUAUCACUAUUCCUAUGCUCUUCCUCUUCAACAAGGAAGGAAAUAUUAUACUGGAUGCAAUCCGGGAAUAUGAGGCUGUAGAGGUGCUCCUUUCUGAUAAAGCAAAAGAUAGAGCAACGAUCUUUAAAGACUUGGAAAUGGACAAUAUGGACCAGAAAUUGUCCGAAAAUGAUUCCCAGAAGCAGAGUUCAGAAGAGACUGCGUCAGCAUCUCAAGGUGUUGGCUUGGCCAGUGAGGAGCCUGAAGGAGGCGACAGCUCUGAGGUUUCUCUGACGGAUCCUUUGUCUCCUGUUCCUGCAGACAGUGACAGUGUUUCCACCUCAAAUCAGGACUCCUUUGUCCCUGACACUGAGGCUAGUAGUAUUUCCGAGCCAGAAUGCGCACAAGCAGAUAACCAGCCUCAGGAACAGAAACCUGACACAGUCUCAGACUCCAAAGCUAACUGGGAUAAUAAAGUCCCACCUAUGGAAUCCAUAUUAGCAGACUGGAAUGAAGAUAUAGAAGCAUUUGAAAUGAUGGAAAAGGAUGAACUAUGACUUGUAAUAAUAACUUAUUUGUUAGUAAAUACGUGGAGAACUCUUUUGGUAGAAGAGAGGCCCUGAUAUCAGCAAACUAGGAAACAUAUUCAGUAUUGUGAUGAGCAGCCAGGCUUCACCUGGAAAAUACCGUAGAAAUCCAGCACGUSCUCUUUGUUUUAAUUUUUUCCUGUUUAAAAAUGGGAAUGUGCAAUUGAAGCAUUCGUAGGGCUCCAUUGCAUGGUGCUGUAUCCCACCAGGAGGCUCCAUCCGUGAGCAAACCCGACUUCUGCRUUCCUGGCUCCGAGAGCCCGUUUUCCUGUGGCCUCUGGAAGGCAGGAGUUGAACACGGUGGGGUUCACCUACCACUUAAUGGGAGCGGGGAGAGCAYGCGGAGGCAGAAGGUCAGUCCCUGCUUUUGUUGUAGUGCAGGUGCCACCUCACUGAUCUCCAGUCUGAAGCCUUCAUGAAUAGCGACAUGGGAAAUCAAAUGUUUCCAGUUGUAGUGUCCUCCAGACACAGCUAGAAGCAGUUUGAUUUUGUUCCAGCAUAUCAUAGCAAGACACAGCAGUGCUGCUCAUCAUUCCUACCUGCUGCCCUGGGCAAUGAUUARGGUGACUUGGGAAUUCUUCCCCUUCUGCUCCAGUUUGAAAUCGAGACCCUCUGCAAACCAAAGGCAGCUGCACUUUGUUAGCAACUCCUUCAGGGAGACUGGGAGAGCCAGGAUAUUGGGGAGGUUCACAGCCAAGGCCAGGAAAUUGUCCUUGAGGUUAAGGCAAAGGGACGAGACAACCGCUCAGUGCCCAUAUUUCCUUUGGUCUCCCAGGUUGAAAAACCAUCUUCCCUAAGAUACUGAAUUUAGGACCGGUAACAUUCUCUGAAAGGAGUCUAGACGGAAUUCGAGUUAACAAAAUCUUCUCUUCCCACAAGCUCUAACAGUCAGCUUGACUCUGUCGUUUUUACGUGCAGCUUCUUUACGUGUGAUACUUAAGGCCGAGAGGCCAGUGCCAGUAGGGAAAUGCAGCAGUUCUGGCUGUUGAGUCCAUAGUUGGAAGGCCAGUGAUGUGAACAUGAAGAAUGUCUGAUACUUGACUCUGGGCUUUGGGGGUUCUCUGCAGGUAAGUGCGAGUCCUAAUUUGUUAUUCCUUUUCUGAAAUACGUGUUUUAAGUUUAAGUGGUGGAUGUUCCAACAGCUGAGAAACGUUCUGACUGUGUCUGAAGAAACUGCCAAAAACUAAUGGACUUCAUUUAUAUAAACUGCUUUUAGUGAAUUAUGAUUUAAAGGAUUGUUUUAUAUUAAAGAAUAAAUUAACACUGCCUGUAUGCUGCACCAGGUUAAAAAAAAUGAAGGUUUAUAUUAAUCUUUACAAUAAGGAAAAAAAAAAAGUCCCAGUCGGAAGCGCAUCUUGGUUUAGCAGGUGAAAGGGUGUGCGCUGAAUAUGCAACGGUUACUCCUUACAGC